CAAAAUUGCCGAGGUUUAUAUAUAGGACCGAGAUCGAAGCCCUAGCCUGGCUGCAGAGCAGAGCUUCGUCUUCUUCCAUCCAUCUGUCCAGUGCAGCUAGCUAGCAGAGCUUCUUCUUCCACGGUUCAAAAUCGCACGCAGCAGCCUAGCAAGCAGCAAUGAAGCCGAGCGCGGCGAUUCUUCUCGGCGCCGCCAUCGCGGCGCUGCUGCUGGUCUCGGCGGUGCGCGGCGAGGGGGAGGAGGACGAGUGCGGGUCGGCGGAGUCGGCGGCGGCGGACCGCGCGCGGGUGCGGCCGCUGAAGAUCGCGGCCUUCUUCUCCAUCCUGGUGUCCGGCGCGCUGGGCUGCUCGCUCCCCGUCCUGGCCCGGCGCGUGCCGGGCCUGCGGCCCGACGGCGACGUGUUCUUCCUGGUCAAGGCGUUCGCGGCGGGGGUCAUCCUCGCCACGGGCUUCAUCCACAUCCUCCCGGACGCCUUCGAGAACCUCGGCUCGCCAUGCCUGCCGUCCGACGGGCCCUGGAAGGACUUCCCCUUCGCCGGGCUCGGCGCCAUGGUCGGCGCCAUCGGCACGCUCGUCGUUGACACCCUCGCCACCGGCUACUUCACGCGCGCGCACUCCAAGAAGGGCGGCGGCGCCGUUGUCGACGAGGAGAAGCAGGCCGCCGCCGCCGCCGGGGAAGAAGACGUGCACGUGCACACGCACGCGACGCACGGCCACGCGCACGGGUCCGCGGCGCUCGUCGCGGCCGUGGGCGGCGCCGAGGACGACAAGAUGGACACCAUCCGGUAUCGCGUAAUCUCUCAGGUCCUUGAGCUGGGUAUCGUGGUGCACUCCGUGAUCAUCGGCAUCUCUCUCGGCGCGUCUCAGGAACCGGACACCAUCAAGCCGCUCGUGGUCGCGCUGAGCUUCCACCAGAUGUUCGAGGGCAUGGGCCUUGGUGGCUGCAUCGUUCAGGCCAAGUUCAAGGCAAGGUCCAUCGUGACGAUGAUCCUCUUCUUCUGCCUGACGACGCCGGUGGGCAUCGCGGUGGGCGUCGGCAUAUCGCGGGUGUACAACGAGAACAGCCCGACGGCGCUGGUGGUGGAAGGCGGCCUCAACUCCGUGGCGGCGGGGAUCCUCGUCUACAUGGCGCUCGUCGACCUCCUCGCCGAGGACUUCAUGAACCCCAAGGUGCAGAGCAGGGGGAAGCUCCAGCUCGGCAUCAACCUCUCCAUGCUCCUCGGCGCCGGGCUCAUGUCCAUGCUCGCCAAAUGGGCCUGAUUGUUUUUUGGGUUUUUUUUUUGCGCUGCCAAAUGGGCCUAAUUACGCGCUUUACUAUUGAUUUACAGUAGUUUGCUCCGUGACUUUUGGGUCAAGGAUAUAUAUACAGUAGUGCUUGUUUACUAGCCGGUUGGAACGAUGUAAUUUUCGUGCACGCUUGGCCUCAAACUGGGUUUGGAAUGGAAUGGCAACCGUGUAGGUUUGUUUGAGAGUGAGAGUGAGAGUGAGAGGGUGCAGAAAGUGUGCGUGCUUAAUUGCUUAUCUCAGAGACGGGGUGUCGACACUAUGUAAAUGAUGAACGAAGCAGCAAGAAAGUCAGGGUUAGAGCCG